AUGUACAACGCUCUGGGUGGACUCGGAGGCUCAGGCCAAGUUGACUCGACCGUCGCUGCUAAUGCCACAGUGGCCCUUCUCUCUACAACCGCGGCCACGGCACUCUUUUUUGUUGGACCUAUAUUCUCUUACACGGGGCCGAGAAUCUGUUUUCUCAUCGGCGGCUGGACGUACAGCUUGUACAGCGGCUCUUUGCUUUGCUUCAACCAUACCUCCAACGGAUCUUUCGUCAUUGCCUCUGGCGCGAUUCUGGGUAUCGGUGCUUCUUUCGUCUGGAUUGUACAGGGAGCCAUUAUGACAACAUAUGUCUCUGAAGCUCAGAAAGGCAGGGCCAUUGCUGUAUUCUGGAUUAUUUUUAACCUCGGAGGCGGUAUUGGCUCAUUAGCUUCGUUUGGACUCAACUUCCACUCCAAGAGUGGCACCGUGUCCGACUCAACCUAUAUUGCUCUGAUGGUUAUCAUGAUAUUUGGUUGGCUAUUAGGGGUUUUCAUUUGUAACCCUAAGCGUAUCCGUCUCGCACAGCUUCACGCUGCUACUGAGACCGAAAGGCACAACUUGAAGGGAACUGUGCAGAUCGCCAUACAAACUCUGUUCAAAUGGCGAGUUCUGUGCAUGCUGCCUCUUUUCUUCUGUGCCAACGUCUUCUACUCCUACCAGCAGAACAACGUCAACGGCUACACAUUCAAUAUUCGGAGUCGAUCUUUAAACGGUGCUCUCUAUUGGAUGGCCCAGAUGCUCGGUGGUCUUAUCAUUGGCUUCCUUCUGGAUAUGCCCUGGUUCCAGCGCCAGACGAGAGCGCGCAUUGGAUGGGCUGUCCUUGCGGUUACGGGCAUGGCUAUCUGGGGCGGAGGCCUUGCCUUCCAAGAAUGGGAGGAUGUUCGUCUCGCAAACGGCCACAAGCAGGACCUGGACUAUACCGACGCCAAAACCGCCACAGGUCCUAUCUUCUUGUACAUCUUCUACGGAAUGUACGAUGCACUUUGGCAAGGCUUCUGCUACUGGCUGAUCGGAACCGAGUCGAACAGCCCUGCCCGUGCUGCCGUUCUUGUGGGCGCCUACAAAACUUUUCAAUCUACUGGGGGAGCCUUCGCUUGGAGGAUUAAUGCUCUUAAGAAGAGUGGUAUGACUCAGCUUGCAAUGGAUUGGGGCCUCUGCAUGGGAGCGUUGCUGAUUGUACUACCAACCGUAUGGACUGUAAAGCCACACACUGGCCUGGAGCAAGAGGCAGGAUUCAUCCCGGAAGACACAAAGAAUGCGGACCAGGCAUCUGAGAAGGAUGUCGCACGCGUCUAA